GAUCCGGACCAGGCUCUCGACGGCGACUGCGGCAGCAGCCACAGCGACCCGCCGCCGCCGGCCGCACCGAGGGCCCCGCCUGCGCCUCCUACUCGGCCAAGGCUUGCGGCGGGUGUUCGACUCUCGGCCCUGCAGCCAGCCUUGCUUUCCCUGCGCGAUGGAGCCUCCCUCCGGUGCCGGGGGCGGCGGCGAACCCUCGGAGACCGCCCGUUUGGUGGGGACCCGCGGCGGCAGCCUCCGCGCCAGCAGCCUCCGUCUCAAGAGUCUCUUUGCAGGCCCCCGGGAUGCUUUCCCUGGCCUUCCGCCCGAGAAGGGGCAUGCAGAGGUGCCUGUGGACCUGGAGAUGGAGCACCGCCUGGCCCCGCACUGCCACCUCAGCAGUCCCUGCUUCCCCAGCCCGAGCCAGCAGAAGCUGCAGGCUCAGCGGAAGCUCCGCAUCGCCUGCCUGGUCUGCCUCCUCUUCAUGAUCGGAGAGGUCAUAGGUGGGUACUUGGCACACAGCCUGGCCAUCAUGACGGAUGCAGCCCACCUGCUGACAGACAUGGGCAGCAUGGGCGUCAGCCUCUUCUCCCUCUGGAUCUCCACUCGCCCAGCGACCAAGACAAUGACCUUUGGCUGGCACCGCUCAGAGACCCUGGGCGCCUUGGCCUCCGUCCUCUCCAUCUGGAUUGUCACAGGUGUGCUGGUCUACCUGGCUUCCGCCCGUAUCAUCAACAACGACUAUGAGAUUGAGGCCUCUGCUAUGCUGGGCACUUCUGCCUGUGCUGUGGGCGUCAACAUCCUCAUGGCCUGCCUCCUGCAUGAAUCGGGCUCCCCGCACGGCCAUGGCCUGGGCACCGGGGGUUACGAGCGGAUUGGCGACAGCCCCUGCAGCUCCCCCCCGCCUGCCCGCAGCAACACCAGUGUCCGAGCGGCCUUUGUGCAUGUGGUGGGGGACCUGCUCCAAAGCUUUGGGGUCUUUGUGGCUGCUACAGUCAUCUAUUUCAAGCCCCAGUACAAGAUCGCGGACCCCAUCAGCACCUUCCUCUUCUCACUCUUCGUGCUGGUCUCCACCCUGACCAUCCUCCGCGAUGUCUUCCGGGUGCUCAUGGAAGGGGCCCCCCGUGGCAUGGCGUUCCAGGCAGUGAAGGAGCUGCUGCUCUCCAUCAAGGGCGUGAAGGGGGUCCACAGUCUGCACCUCUGGGCCCUGACCCUCAGCCAUCACAUGGUGGCUGUGCACCUGGCUAUCGAGUCCGGCGCUGACAUGGAGGCGGUGCUGCAGGAAGCCACGGCCCUUCUGCAGAGCAAGUUCGGCUUCCUCUCCUGCACCGUGCAGGUGGAGCGCUACCUGGAGGACAUGGCUGUCUGCCGGCAGUGCCAGGAGCCCCGCAACUGAGCCCCGGCCCGGCCCGGCCCGGCCCGCCCUUCCACUGCCAAGCCCAGGGGGGCCCUGGGCACGCCGAGGCCGGCCUCCUCCCCGCCUCGCAAGGCUCCCUGGGGCGGGGCGGCCCGGCCUUGGGCCAGACUCGGAGCGGGCCGCUGCCCGCCAGCCUGGGGCGGGGGCUCCGCCGCUCCCUCCCCCCCCCGGGGAGCGCUGCUGCUGCUGCUGCCGCCCCCCUGCCACAUUCCAGGCGGGGCGGGGGGGGCUCCUCUCCUGCCCGCCGCCUCCUCCUCUCGGUCCCGCCGCGUCCAUUAUUCGCCUAAGUGUCUUCGAUGUGCACGCUGCCCCGCUUGGUGGGGGCGCCCCCCUCAGCCCCAGUUGCCCCCCGCCCCGCCCCGCCCCGCGGUGGUGAGGGGUCUGUUCUGCCCUCCUGCGGGCCGCGGCGGCCUAGAGUCGUGGAGGAGCCGAAGAAGGGGGCCCCGCUGGGCGACCAGAAGCUCUGCUCGGAAGCCGCCUGCCUCCACUCCACUCCUGCCGCUGCUGCCGCCCCGCGCCCGGCCUUUCACGCUGCCACUAAACUCUCGGUCUGGGCCCGCGCCCAGCUCUGCCCCGCCCGGUGGCUGGCUGGCCCCGAUCUCGCCCCGCUGCGAGAUGCACAGACUGGCAGCGGCAGCAGCAGCAGCAGCCCAGCUCCCGUGGGGCGUCGUCUCGGGGUGUGCGUGUCUCCAGGCAGGGGGGCGUGAUCGGGGCGGCGCUGGGCCGAGGUGGCCGGACCUCCCAGCUGCAGGAGGACACGGAGGGCCGGCGGCGGCCACGCGAGCAGGGAGCCCGCUCCCCGGGGCGCCGUGCAGCCCGCCCCUUCUCGCCGCCUGCGGCAUCAGGGCGUCGAGUUCUCCCGGCGCCGCUCCUUGGCGGGGAGGGAAGCCUGGGCGGCGGCGGCGGCGGCUGGCCGAGGCCCGACGGAUGGGCUGCUUCUGACCUUCUGCCCCGAAGCCGGCAGAGGCCGGGUGGGGAGCGACUCCAGCGCACGCGCCCCAGACUGCCCCCCCAUCCAGUUUCAAGAACCCGCGCAAGGGGCCUCGAGGCGGCGGACCGACGAUGCUGAUGCUGCCGCUGCCCCGCGAGAGAGCCUCCCCCCGCGCCCCCGCCUGUCGUGACCUCGUUGUGUAGAGUAGGUGUCUGUGCGCGCGCGCGCGCGUGUUUCUACUGUGUGGAGUGUCCCAAUGUGGUGUUGACCAAGUGCCGAGUCUAAUAAAGUCCGCCUGCCUCGA